CAAUGUCAAGUUCGGACAUAAGCAAUUUUAAAUUGUUCCCUCUGAUAAGAAUCGCGUAUCUAAAUACGCUCAGAGUGGAAAAAAAAUUAAUCGCUGUCAAUCACGGUCAAGUUUUGCAUCAAUGCACUUCUGAAAAUAUGAUCUUUCAAAAAAAAUAUUUCCAUUAUUUCUUGACACGAUUUUUCUACCAUGCCUUUAAAGAUAAAAACAUAGUUAUCCGGCUUCCAUUAUUUUCCGAACAAUGAUGGAUUUGAGUUCUUUAAUUUCAAAAGGAAAUUGACACCAACUUUCAUGAAUGAAAAAUGAAGCCUGCAAAUCUAAAAAUUCGCCCCCGAAAAACGACUUGUCAAUGGAGUCACGAGCGUCAGAAUUUGGCGGUGCAUAGGGCCACUCCACCGCGCGGCUUUUUGCAAAUAGAAAUUGCAGUUGGACACUCAAGCGGCGUUCCCACGAGUUUUGCUUUCUCUCUCUUUCUCUUUCUCUCCGGUGUAUGUUCUGCAAAGUGAUACACCUAAUUCCAAAGGCAACAUGUCCGGAGGUUUUGAGGCUACAGUCCUCAAGGAGGAGGAUGUCACCAAAAUGUUGGUGGCUGGCGUGCAACUUGGAUCGGAAAACUUAAAUUUCCAGUUCGAAAAAUACAUCUACAAAAGACGCAACGAUGGUAUCUAUAUUAUCAAUCUUCUCAAGACUUGGGAAAAACUUAUGAUGGCUGCUCGUGCUAUUUGUGCCAUUGAGCACCCUAGUGAAGUUUUUGUUAUAAGUGGCCGUACGUACGGACAACGAGCUGUGCUCAAGUUUGCAGCUCAUACUGGUGCAACGCCGAUUGCUGGAAGAUUUACGCCUGGUGCAUUUACCAACCAGAUUCAAGCUGCAUUCCGUGAGCCACGGUUGCUGAUUGUAACCGAUCCCUACACUGAUCAUCAACCCAUUAUGGAAGCAUCAUAUGUUAAUAUUCCAGUCAUUGCUCUAGCAAACACCGACUCUCCCUUGCGUUUCGUAGAUAUUGCGAUUCCUUGCAAUAACAAGGGUCAACAUAGUAUUGGUCUGAUGUGGUGGUUACUGGCAAGAGAAGUUCUCAGAAUAAGAGGAUCCAUUUCUCGCGAAAAUAAAUGGGAUGUAGUCGUGGAUCUUUUCUUCUACAGAGAUCCAGAAGAGGCUGAAAAAGAAGAGCAAGCUGCCAAGGAGCUUGCCCCGGCUGUUAAAGAGUACAUCCCCACGGAAAAUGUUGCGGAAACUAAUUGGUCCAUUGACAAUGUAGAUCCUAAUGCACCUCAAACUGAAAACUGGGCUGAUGACAUACCAGUUGCAGCUCCGGUUGCUGAUGCAGUUGCCACUCCUGUUGCCUCGUUCCAACCAAGUACUGAAUGGGUCUCAGGUCAAGAUGAUUGGAGUAUACCUACUGCUACGCCAUCAACAACUAUCCCAGCACCUACCUGGGGAGGUGGUAACCAACCCAACUGGUCAUAAAAAUAAGUUUCAAUUUUGAACUUUAUUUGAU